UUCCACGGCUUCAUUACUACACGCGCUCCGCUCCUCACCAGCGCGUCUGGACAUGACGCCCUGAUCGGAUGUGUAGGCGCGUUUCGUCGUCCUGAUGCGGCCGUGCAGCGCGCGUGCCCGCGGCGAUCUCCCUCCUGGAUCGAGACACCGCGACUCCUCCGGCCGCCGAGCAGCUCGUCCGAGGAGAAGCGCUUUUUUGGCACCAUGGCAUCGGAUCAGGAAGACAACGGCCAGCGCGUGAAACGGCUUCUGGGCAAACCUGGAAAUGGAAACUGUGCCGACUGUGGAGCUGCAGAUCCAGAAUGGGCAUCCUACACUCUGGGAGUGUUUGUGUGUCUCAGCUGCUCAGGCCUUCAUAGAAAUAUCGCUCGGAUCAGCAAAGUGAAAUCCGUACUGCUGGAUCCCUGGAGCGCCUCUGAGGUGGAGUUGAUGGACUCUGUGGGUAACAAUGCUGCCAAGGCCAAAUAUGAGAAGAUAGUUCCUGCCUUCUACUACUGUCCUACACAUAAAGACUGCAUGCUCCUGAAAGAACAAUGGAUCCGAGCCAAGUACGAGAGGAAGGAGUUCCAGUGUGUGGAGAGGCAGGAGCCUUACUCAGCAGGCUACAGAGAGGGGUUUCUAUGGAAACGAGGCAGAGACAAUGGACAGUACCUCAGCCGGAAAUUUAUUCUGUCCGAACGAGAAGGUGUUUUGAAGUACUUCAAAAAGCAUGAUGCCAGAGAGCCCAAAGCAACAAUGAAGAUCAACACUCUGAAUGCCACUUUCCAGCCAACAAAAAUGGGCACUGCCCAGGGCCUGCAGAUAACCUAUUUGAAAGACAACAGUACCAGGAACAUCUUUGUUUACCACGAGGAUGGAAAGGAAAUGGUGGAUUGGUUCAAUGGCAUUAGAGCAGCCAGGUUUCACUACCUUCAGGUGGCUUUUCCUGGAGCAUCCAUCUCUGAUUUGUUGCCAAAGCUAACAAGGAACUAUAUAAUGGAGGGUUACAUGGAGAAGACCGGUCCAAAGCACACAGAGGGCUUCAAGAAGAGAUGGUUUACGAUGGAUGAAAGAAGGCUCAUGUACUUCAAAGAUCCACUGGACGCUUAUGCCCGAGGCGAGGUGUUCAUUGGCAGCAGGGAAAACAGCUACAGUGUGCACCCCGGCCUCCCCCAGAACACGCAAGGCUACCACUGGCAGUUUGGAAUCACCAUCGUGACCCCAGACAGGAAGUUUCUGUUUGCGUGUGAGACCGACGAGGAUCAGAAAGACUGGAUCUCAGCAUUUCAGACCGUUAUCAACAGACCAAUGCAGCCUCGGGAGUAUGCGGUAGCGGCUUAUUUUAAGCACAAACCGUGACCGUCUGAGUGCUUGAAGCCCGGCUGUGGGACAUCAAACUGGAGGAAGAGAAGGGCCUUAAAAUCCUCUGAUGAAAGUCUUUCUGAUGAACUAAGUGCGUCAAAGACCAAAAUCCUUGAGGUGAGAUUUUUACGAUCCAUCAUUGCAUUCAAUGUCAUUUUAAGACAGACCCAAUAACUCCCGAGCUGAUGAAUGUUACCCUCACCGAUUCCUCCGUAUCGUGAUGUUACUUCCACACCUGAAAGAAGUCAUUGGGAUCGCGCCGACCUGAAUGUUCGCGACCUGAUCGGAAUUGUCACUGCUCAGAUGUCAAAAGAUGUUUUCUCAGUAAUAUGAGUUGCAGAUGCUCAGAUUUAUCCCAUGUAAGAGCAAAAAUAUAUUUAAUUUUUUAAUGUAUGAAUUUGCUAAAUUCAGUGCGUGAUGCUGUAUUGGCUGACACCGCAUGUUGGUACGUCCGUUGCUUUUUUCUACUUGUGUAUUUAAGUUGCUGAAUGUGUUAACUGCUUUUAUGAAGUGUUCCUGAUCACAUUUAAGGAUUGGCUUGCAUUCCUUUUUCUCGUGUGAUGCAAAACUGUACGAAAGUAGUAAUCCACUUCAGCAUUUACGUUCAUGUGGAAUCAUUUAUCCAGUAGAUGGAGACAGAGGGAAGCAUUUACAUUUCUAUGACCUCCAUGCACAAAAGCCAGGAGCUCAUUUUUUUAUUGUUGUUAAUUUUCAGAUACAGGAGUUAAGUUGCACAUUAAAAAGUAAAGCCAAAAAUCCACAUCUUCCUGUGUACAUCAAGAUAGGAAAAACAUAAGAUGUAUAGUAAAUACUUUACGGACAUAUGCAGUUUCUAUGACUAACAUUCAAUCCACCAAAGAAACAGUCAUAGAAAAUAGGCCUAAGCUUUUCUUUCAUUUUAGACCUGGUUAAAAUGUAGUGAUCGUAAGAAAUGCUUUUAAGAAAACAUGGCACUAUACACCCCAUUAAUAUAUUCAUGAUUGCAAAAAUUAAAGCCGCUUACGUAUAUUUGAAAAUGUGACUACAAAUGUAACAUUAAAAAGUAAGAGAUAUA